AUGAACAUCAGACAACAACUAGUUCAAUUGCUCAACCUAGCCAUGGUUCUGAGUACCGCUUUUAUGUUUUGGAAGGGGCUGGGUCUGGUUACCAACAGUAACUCUCCUAUAGUUGUCGUUCUGUCUGGAUCUAUGGAGCCCGCUUUUCAACGAGGUGAUAUUCUCUUCUUGUGGAAUAGAGACAAAUAUGUUGAUAUUGGGGAUGUAGUGGUUUACGAGGUUAAAGGAAAGCCAAUUCCAAUUGUCCAUAGAGUCCUCAGAGAACACAAAGUUACGAAUAAAGAUCGUAAAGUCAGACAAUUACUUCUCACCAAGGGAGACAACAACCCUACUGAUGACCUGUCCUUAUAUGCACACAAAUCGAAUUACUUGGAUAGAGAUGAAGAUGUUUUGGGCACUGUCAAAGCUUAUCUUCCCAAAGUGGGAUACGUAACAAUUUUGAUUACAGAGAAUAAGUAUGCUAAAUUGGGACUAUUAGGAUUAAUGGCGUUGAGCACGUUAUUGACUCGAGAAUGA